AUGGACUGGGGCAUCUACAAGCCGGCGAAGCGCUUGAGGCCUGAGCCUGCUGCGGGGGGCUGCGAGCCCGAGGGAAGCGGACGACUGCUGCGCCGCAGGCACCUGGCGCCGACGCCCACGAGCGCCGACCAGGGCACCGACCAGACCGCCGACAAGAGCGCCGACCAGGCCGCCGACCAGAACACUGGCGCCAACACCAAGCCCGGCGCCUACGCCUUGAGCUCGCGCGGACCGAGGCCCCCUCCUGGGCCGCCACCAACGCACCUGCGCACCGAACAGGGCGCCGACCAGAGCACCGACCAGGGCGCCGGCCAGAGCGCCGACCAGAGUUACGACAAGGGCGCCGACCAGGCUGCCGACCAGAGCGAAGACCGGAGCGACGACGAGAGCGCCGACCAGAGCGCCGACCAGAGCGACGACAAGGGCGCCGACCAGAACGCCGACCACAGCGACGACCAGGACGCCGACCAGAACACCGGCGCCAGCAACACGCCCGGCGCCUACGCCUUGAGCUCGCGCGGACCGAGGCCGCCUCCAGGGCCGCCACCGGCGCACCUGCGCACCGAACACGGCGCCGACCAGAGCGACGACAAGAGCGCCGACCAGAGCGACGACCAGGGCGCCGACCAGAGCGACGACCAAGGCGCCGACCAGACCGCCGACCAGAGCGACGACCAGGACGCCGACCAGACGACCGCCCUGAGCUCGCGCGGCCCGAGUCCGCCUCCUGGGCCGCCGCCGGCACACCUGCGCGCCGAACAAGGCGCCGACCAGAGCAUCUUCGAGGGCGCCGGCCAGAGCGACGACAAGAGCGCCGACCAGAGCGACAACCAGGGCGCCGACCAGAGCGACGACCAGGGCGCCGACCAGACCGCCCUGAGCUCGCGCGGCUCGGGGCCGCCUGCAGAGCUUCUGCAGCAGGGAGACGCGAUCUGGAUCUCAUGCAACUUCCAGUGCGGCUGGAAGAAGUGGACCUUCCAACGCCGCGAAGGGCAGAUCAUGUACUACAAGCCCGCAGACGUCGAGCUCGAGUGGAUAGCGGUGGCGGCCCUCUUCAAUGCCGGCCUCGUCGCGCGCCAGACUCUCUUGUCCGCUGCGUGGAGGUUGGGGGAGAUGGGGAUGCUCGCCGAGGAAGAUGACCUCAAUUGGAUGACCUCCGGCGUCGACGCGGGCUCCGCGGCGGCGGUUGCAGCGCCGGCCAAGGCGCCGCCGCCGGCCGCGCCGGCCAAGGCGUCGCCGCCGGCCGUGCCCCCGAGCCCGCCACCGGCCAAGGUAUUGGAUGGCUGGGAAACGUACUACCUGGACAACACUUUUACCACGCUGUUCUUCUAUCACAACCCGACCGGCGCGAGCCAGCGGCACCCGCCGAGCGACGACGUCAGUGCGACGGGCCAAACAAUCCACGACGCCUAUCGUGCAGAAGCAGCAUCGGCCGGAUGGCCUCGCAGCGACUUGCCUGAGAUUGACGUCUUGGAGUCUUUGGUGGCGAAGGGCGUCCUGACGAACGAGGGCGUCCUUGACUGGAUGCAGUCGGGCGUGGUGACGGCGCAGACAGGACCCGCUGGCGGGCGUUCGUCGAAGCCUCGCCGCCGCCCGACUGAUCCGAAGGACAAGGCGCCUUGGUACAUGCGCGGCUUGAAUGCCCCCAUCUUCGUGAAGACAGACCUCCAGCCGGAGCUGGCGUUGCUUUCGCGCCAGGGCAACUGCGUCGCGCACGGCAUCGGCCACGUGAUCGGCAAGGCGCUGGAUGCCGUAGCAUAUGCGAAGAUCUUCCCUGCCGCCGCUUCGCGUGGCCGCAAAUACGUGGACGUCGCCGCUGCGCUGGGCGUUGGUUUGCAGGAGGCGCCUGGGCGGGCUUGCGUCGUCGGCGCGUCGGAGAGCGGGCAGGAGGACUCGGUGAUCCCUGAAACACAGGCUGCAGAAUUCGAGGUGCCAACGCAACCGGGCGACCCCCCGACGGUUGGCGCCGAGGACACGAUGGCGGCCGAGAUAUCUGAGGGAGCUCCUCGAGACGCCGCCAUGGUCGCGGCCUUGGCGAAGCGGAUGCGCAUCGCGGGGGCCGCCACUUCCCGGGAUACGUUCAAGUCGAUGUGGUCCGACGUGACGGAGAAGUCCUCGAAGCUCGCGAACUCGUCGGCCGCCGACCCGCCUCAGUUUCACGGAGUGGUGGCUGCUACGGAGAGGCUUGCCGAUAUCGUUAACAAAAACCACGAGGAGUGGAACGACGAUGUCAAAAGGCUUGGGAUGGCAGCUCUAAUGCUGUAUCGGAGCAGGCAAUCUGAUGUCAGCCUCCUUCAGCACGUUCAGCUUCUCUGGGUGCUUCUGGGCGGGCGCGAGCUGCGGGCGCACUCAGGUCGUGCUUAUUUUUACGAUCAUUCCCUUGGACAUUUCGAGGGCUUCGACGGUCUCAUGCCGCCGACCGUGCUAGCUGCCGCUGGCAAUGCCAUGCUGACCUUGGAAGGGUUGUUCAGGUCCUUCAAGGCGCCUGUCGCGCGCAAGGACGCGGACGUACUGAAUGCGAUCGAUUCGUCCAUCAAGGAGGCCUUGGCGCAGAACAACAACGACUUGCCGAGUGCAAUGUUGACUUUCCAUGACAACUGCAUGUUCAACAAAGGCAAUAACUUGUUGAAAGCAGGGAGCGCCGCGCCUGGCAGGCAGAGCGAACCGGGCGGCGACGGCGAGGAUGCAGAGGGCGCCCUUGCAGCCCCUGCACCGGACACGAGCAAUUCGGCUGACAGCUGGUUCGUGCUAACGGCUCAGACCAUAUCCGAAGUGUCAACUAAGCUUCAGUAUGAGUUGUUGGGAAACAAGUUGGUUCCUUAUUUCAUUGAGUGGUGUUCAACUGACAUGCAGCGGGUUCCAGGAUGCGCGUGCGCUGACUGCUGCGUGUUGUACGAUCGCAGCGCUUUCGAGAACGUUUGCUUGUUGUCGUCUCGUUCACCAGAGAACAACAUAUAUCUCGGCAUCCCGACACCUCUGCUGGACCCGGUGCUUGACGCCGCCAUGGAGCGCGUUCAGCGCGUGUAUGAGCAAACUUUUUGGUCUAUACCCGAAUCGUUCGUCUUCGGCCAGGCAGCGCAGGCAUUGGCCAAGCGCGGUCAAAACAUCGAUCAAAUAACUGUGUAUUGGGGGCCGGGCGGCGUCGGCCCAUCCCUCUACACUUCGCACUUGCACGCGAUGUACGGCGAUAAGAACCACCAGUUCUUUGAUCCGAAUAUAUUUUUCCAGGACGAGGAGAUGCGGAAGGUGGUGGAACUCUUGGUCGGCGGCUGCAUCUUCACCGGCCAGGAGCGGCCCUCGGGGCAGAGGAGUAGCAUGCGCCAGGACUUACUCAAGAAGUUCGCCGCGGCCGACACCAUCGCGGGGAGACUGCUGUACUCCAUCUUGACGAAGAUGUACAGGAUCAUCGGGUGGAAGCGCAUGGAGGUAAACCAGUUCUUCACUUUCGACAACGUCAACGAGCGCAACCUGGAGUCUAUUGUGCGCCGCAUCGCCAUCAUCAAGAUACAGUCGCGGUUCGUUGACAAGCUCUACGUUGAUAAGAUUAUUCUCACCGACCCGAGCAGAUACGGCAUCUUCGCGCGCGAUCCCGACGCCAAGGACUUCAUGAUUAGCGGGGCCGCAGUUGCGGCAGGCCAUAAGAUUCAGUACGCGUUCGAGGUGGAGAACGGGCCCGAGGCGUGCAGAGACAUUUUCGUGAACUACACGAAGUGCGGCGGUGACCAUGGAGUAACCGAGAAAUACGUCAGGAUCGCUUGUCAUAUCAAGGCGGCCAACGCUGCGGAAUCAGCGGCGAGCGCUGUCGCCGAGGGCUUGGUUGACCCGCCGUCCCAGGACGGCCAUUUGCCGAGUUCGCCGAUAGUCCUUCUCAGCAACCAUUUGGUGAAGGAGCUGCAGCGGAAAGGAUUGAACUACUUGACUUACAGCGUGUUCCGAGCGUCUGCAACACCUCCCGGCGCUAGGCUGAAGGGUAACAAAGAAGAACAAUGGGAGUCGUUGAAAGGCAGCGACUUGUGGAUCGACGUCGGUUCCAAGGGCAAGGCGGAAGAUCGUCUGAUUCCGCGCGUCAAGACUCAGAGAGACGCUUCGAUUCUUUGUUCACGGCGGCCGCCAUGCUGCGAUGCGAUAUACCCGGAGCAUUGCGACGCAUCGGCGCUGGAGGCGGCGCGGUGUACAUCCAGAUUGGCCAACGAGAAGACUUUGGCAGGCGCGUUUAACGCGCUCGCAUCGGCGAUUGCUCCUGCGCGGGGGCGGCCAGCGAAGGGCGUCCUCGAGAGGAUCGAGAGUUUGGAUGAGAGGGCACAGAAGAUUUUGUCAAUGACAGAGACGUCGCAGCGGCUGCUUGACCGGAGUAAGAGGUCGGCCGACCUCGAGGUUAAGAGAAGGAAGUUGGCCUCGAAGCAGCCGAGCGUUGAGAAGUCUCCAACCCGCCAUACUGGAAGGAAAGAAACAGUCCCGCUUGACAGCUUCAAGAGCUACAGGCGCGCAGUGGAGUGGCCGUCUCGGCAGUGCGUCAACGAGGAGCUCUCGGCGCAGGCCAUGGACCAACGAUUACAGCACGUGGUUUUUUCGAGCACUUUCGAUUUGGAUUUUGUGAACUGCGUUUUUUGUUUAUUGGCGCAGAUCAUUGAAAAGUUGGGGAUCAUUGACGCUCAGCUGUUCGCGGACGAGAUUGCUGCGCUACAGCGCGUUCGCGCAGAUCGAGAGGGCGUCUGCAGGCGGAGGGAGAGGGUCCAUGGGGCAGGUGCUUUGGCGAGCGAAGAAGCUUGGGCGAGCUUUCCUCUGGCUCCUGAUAGGGACGUCUUCAAAAUGUUGCCGUUCAAGGGCAAGCAAGUCUUGAUCAAGCUGAUAUGCGGCGGCGCUUUGCCGAAGGAACUGUCCGAGAACGAGUUCGCCAAGAUGCUGGUGAGAACAGCGCGUUUCCUGCGUUGGCUAGCCGUGGGGCUGUGCCCGGAGCAGUUCAAGCUCCUAGAGUCCGCGCAGGACAAGUGGUCAGAGGCAUCGCUGGCCAGCUACAUGUGGCAAGGCGUUGAGGAUUAUUGUUUGGAGCAGUGGGUCGACUUUGUCAUGGAAGAGAAAGUCAGUCACAUAGCUUUGCAUUUCGACGGCCUGCGCGUCGACAAGGGGCGCGUCCUUUUGAGCCAGGCGGGCGGCGAUGCGCAGGCCACGGCAGUUUCGGACGCAGAGAAGGUCAAAUCCUUUUGCAAGAAAUCUGAGGAACGGAUUCUUGCCACUACGGGUUAUUCCGUAAGCAUCAGGAACAAGGAGAGAUAUUAUUUUAUUGAUCUUCUCCGUGCGAGCGCAUUUGACGUUGAGCCUGCAGAUGCGCCGAGCGACGUCGAGGCGCUGUUCUCUGCCGGCAAUGGCAUCUUCUGCGCAAUGGCUGCGCUCGCGGGCAACUGGUCGGAUAUGUCGACGAAGGCCGCUGCCGCCGCAACGCCUCCCAGCGCAGCGGCGGCCUCGGCGGCCUCGUCGCCGCUGUUCUGGGCGCCGCCUCGGCGCUCGUAUCGGACAUGUGCGAGAGCGGCCAAUGUGAAGCUGUUGCCCGUGGAAGUGCCACAGGAAAGUUGUCCUGGGCUAUUCUUAGUGCACUGCGAGCCAGACGUUGCGCCGCUUUGCGUCGGCAUCGACGUGAAACAGCGUGGGCCGCACAAGUGCUACGUCGGCAGGGAGCGCUGGAGUCUGCCGGCCGGGGCGCUGGACGAGGCGGUGUUGGCGGCUCUCGAUCGGUGUAUGGUAGUGGCAUUUCAGAUGAAGCCCGCCGAUCGAGAUGACGAAGAUCAUCGAGAUAGUUCGUUGGAUGGCGCAUUGGAUUUAUUUGCGGGCGCCGGCAUCGAGGACAAUGUCGCCGCCGUCUGCCGCGCGCGCAGACGCCGCUCGCUCGCGGCGCGCGUCGCCGCAGGUAGCCCGAGCUCAGACCGCUCUCUGUCGCCGCCCUCGCCGGCCAGCCCAGCUGCGCAGCGGGGGGCGGCAGCUCUUCGCGAGCUCGGUUGUUCAAUUCGCGGCAUCGUGCCUUUUGACCGGCGACGUCUGACGUGGCACGGCAACUGCAUCCCGUUCGGCAUUGCGGCGCUCACUGGCGAUUGGGAUGGCGUCAUCGCAGCUGCGACUGUGGAUUCGGACGAGAACGCAGCAGCUAUGGCGAGCGGCCUUCGUCGAUAUAGUGACUGCGCCAAUCUCUUGGGCGUUUCAUUGCGGCCAGUGCCGACGACGGCGGUGGAGACACUUGGCCGAUUUCUUGUUCACGGAAAAGUUGCAGGCAGAGAACACUGCGCAGCUGUCGAAGUAUUCGAGCACGGCGGCAGCAUCUUACACUCAGAAGGGUUAUCUUGGGACGUACCUCGAAGUUGUCUCGACGCUUGCUUGCGGAUUAUCCUCGACUUCGGCGUCGAGGCGGCGUUCGCUCUCGGCGGCGGGCAUUCGUCGACCCUUGGCGAUGACGUCGCUGCACGCGACGCCAUGGACAUGGUGGCCGGAGCCGGCGUCGAGGAGGAGGGGGCCGUUGACGUCGCGAACGCCGACGACGAGCACGCCGAGGAAUUGGAUGACGAUUCAUGCGUGCGCGUGCAUGCGAAUCUCUUGCAGCUUCUACGCGACGAGGUUACUGACUUCGAGAUGAUCGUGAAGUCGCUCUCUCGCACAGGCGCCACGAAGGACGGGAAUGGGAGCGUUGCAAGGUGCUUGCUUUGCCCAUUCAAAGAGUAUUCUACUUCGUCUGUAAACGUUAAGAGGGAUCUCCUUGCGCAUAUCGCGAAUCACCACGGCUUGCACAGAAAAUGCGAGAAUGGUAGAGAUCGUAAGAUGGGAUCAGGUCGGUACGUUGCUUCAGGCACUAAGCAGUGGAAAGUCAUCCAGGCGUUGUUUGACGACGACAUGUUAUCAAAGCAUCAACCGAAGAACUUGCUGCAGCGCAGUGCCGAUCUCAUGCGGCGGUCGGUGAGCCCGCCGUUGCGGUGUCUUGGUGUUGACAAGCAGAUUCGGCUGCUCCUUGACCACGACGGGCCCCGGUUUGUCAACUUCGAGGUUCUCGCGAGAGAUGGCGCGCUCCAAGCCAGGCGCGUGGGAAACACGUGCUGCACGAAGGAGUUCGCCGAGCUCGUCUUCCGCGAAUCCAUCUUGCACGAAGUUGCGUCACGCACCUUCUACCAGGGAAAGGUCGUUCAGUGGUUGUCGUUGAUGGAGGACGUAUUCUCGUCUCCGUUCGUAGAGGAAUUGCGAACCAAUCUCAUGGGCGAGUUGGUUGAUAAUACAGAGUUUGAGCACGUUUCGUUGGAUGCAACUCUGCGCGCUGCCAUGCGCGUGAAAGGCCAGGCGAACUACAGGGAACCGGCAGAGAUUCGAGCGGCGGCGCCGUUUCCAGACGGCGUUGCCAAGAGGCGCAUUUUGACUGCCAAAGGUCGCACGUCAGCCGCCAUUGGCAUGUGGCCCGUGGCCAGCGAAGCGGCAUCCGUCGUGGAGGCGGCUCUUCGAAAUCACUUGCCCGAGCGAGCUCUCCAGCAGUGCGUCUCAGUGGCAUCAGAUGAUCCGUCGGCGACAUUGUUUGCAGAGCUCAAGCAAAUCAUGCCUCAGCUCAAGUUUUUGUGCCUAGAUCCUGUUCAUCUCGCAAUUGUGUAUAAUCAGGCGCACUGGCGGAAACAUUCUCCGGGCCAGGCAGUUUUGCGAAUCAUUUUGAAUAAAUUCACUAAAGUGAGCUCAGAUUUAAAUGGCGCCGCGUGGGGCGCCCCUUACACGGGCCACCAGGCUAGCUCGCUGUCUGCCGCCGAGGGCCGCGCGCAGUCGUUGAUAGCCGGCGGCGGCAUGCAGAAGCGCCGAGCGCACAAGAUCAUUGCAGAUCUCGACGCCAAUGAGCCAUUCGUGAGAAAACUUGAGUUCAUCGAGGCAUUGGCGGCAUUGACGUCCGUCUACUGGGAAGAAGUGGACAGGCGCACCCCCGCCGCGCCAAGCAAGAAGCUGGCUGAUGUAAUGGCGAAUGCCGCGCAGCACAGUCGAUGCGAGUAUAUUUUUAAUAAUUUGCGCAUGCGGCACUCGCUGCCGGCUCGCGCGCUGCCAUUGCUCGGUUCGGGCACGAGCCCAAACGAAGCGCUGCAUAGCGAGAUCAACAGGUGGUUUCAGAACCAGCCGGAGUUGUACGCGCAGACUUUAGAGCUCCAGCUCGGCGUCAACGUAAUCGGCAAGCAAAUGGUGCAUAAUUCAGCUAUGUACGCCCCCACUCUGCGCCAGCUGUCUUCGCAAACUGUCGCAGCUAGCGUGGUCUGCUCGUUUGCGAUAUCCGCCGCCGAGUGGGCAAAUCAUUGCGCUUCUCAGGCGCAGGAGCAGAGGGCGCCGCGGAAAGCGCAGCUUCCGCUGGCGCUGCAGCGCAAAGCCGCUGAGCCCCUGGCGAACAAGUGGACGGUGGAUCACAAGCGCAUGGUUGUUGCGCGCAAGCCAGCAGGGCAACAACAAUUCAUUCGCACCCUGAAGCGGCCGGGCGCAGCCAAGCAGCGCAAGCGCACGCCCUUCUCUCUUGUUCGGAAGCGCAGCUAA